UAAUGUCAAGACCAAACCCAUUGAUGUUUCUGUUUAUGUUAUUGUCUUGGUUUAAUUGAUUUUCUAGUGAUUUAAUUGUUGUGUCCAUUGGUAGAAAUAAUUUAGACUUGUAUAGUCUUAAUUAAGAAAGAACAAUGGUUCGUCAUUUAAAUGUAUCUCAGCAAAAAUUAGCUGAGAAAUUGACUAUUCUCAAUGACCGGGGAAUAGGAAUGUUAACUAGACUUUAUAAUAUUAAAAAGCAAUCAAGUGAUCCUAAACUUCGACCUCCUAUUCUUUCUGACAAAGGUUUGGAAUCAGCUAUGAAACAGAUUGUCAGAAGAUUUCCACACACAGAUACAAGGAGUAAUAAUAGCUUAAUUGGUGCGGUUGCUACUGCUCGAACUGAGAUAACUAAGGCUACAACUCAUUUCUAUUACACCUUUGUGGAUAUUUUGGAGUUUAAAGACCAUGUUAAUGAACUUUUAACCACCAUGGAUGCUUGUCAAUUGACACUCGAUAUUUCCAUCAAUUUUGAUCUAACUCGAGGCUAUCUGGAUCUCAUGGUAACUUAUGUAUCACUCAUGAUUCUUGUCUCACGAAUUGAGGAUAGAAAGGCGGUUAUUGGUUUAUUUAAUACUGCCCACGAACUUACCCAUGGACACAGUGAGAACAGUUUUCCCCGAUUAGGUCAAAUGAUUGUCGAAUAUGAGAAUCCACUUAAAAAAUUGUCAGAGGAUUUUGUUCCACACUCAAAGUUACUUUUUAACGCUCUCAUAUCUCUCCAAGAAAGUUUCCAUCUUCGUAAUCUUCCAGCUGAGGAAUGGCGUAAAAGUCAAAUUCUAAGCAUCGUUGCCAAUCCAAGAGACAUUCUGACUCCUGCACAAACAGAUCCAAUAAACACCGAAUACCUUUCAAUUGAUUCCAUGGAAAGAUAUAUAAUUUUUGGAUUCCUAUUAAUUCAUCAACAUCUUAAUCAGACUUCAGCUCAUGAAUUAUUUUCAAAAGCUCUUCAAUGUGGUUGGGUAACAACUCUUCACCGAGAUGAAGUUAUUCAUACCCAUGCAUUUGUCCAACAUUUUUUUGAAGGAAUCAAAGGUUACAACAAAAGAGUCUCUGAUGUUAAAGAUGCUUAUAACAAUGUCCUUCAAAAUGCUGGACAUAUUCAUCGAGAGAAGCGAAAAUUUUUACGCUCAGCGUUGAAAGAAUUGGGAUUAAUCUUGGGAGAUCAACCUGGACUUUUAGGACCAAAAGCACUUCUUGUUUUCAUGGCUUUGUCUUUUGCCCGUGAUGAGGUUCAUUGGCUAUUGCGACAUUAUGACAAUAUUCCCGUUCGACAAGGUCGACCUAAAGCUCAAGCGGAAGAUCUUGUUGAUCGUCAAUUACCAGAGCUUUUAUUUCACAUUGAGGAACUCAGAUCAUUAGUGAGAAAAUAUAAUCAAGUAGUUCAACGUUAUUAUGUCCAAUAUUUAACCUGUUACGAUGCAAUAGCUUUGAAUAAUAUUAUGCAAGGUGUUUCUAUGAUGCCGGAAGAGGAUUCAGUAAUUUUGGAAUCUAUUUACAGUCAAAUAUCAAACCUUUCAGUUAAACAAAUCGAGAACAAUGAAAUAUUUGAUUUUCGAGGACUUCGAUUGGAUUGGUUUCGUUUACAAGCCUACAGUAGUGUCAAUCGAUACCCAAUGAACCUUUUUGAGCACAAAAACUUAGCCACUUUGAUGAACAUUGUUGUUUUCCAUACUAAGAUGGUUGAUUAUUUGGAAGAUAUAUUAACGGAAACUUCAGAUCUUUCCCUUUUCUGUUUUUAUAGUAAAAUUUUCGAUGACCAGUUUCAUAUGUGUUUGGAGUUUCCAGCGCAAACGAGAUACAUCAUUGCCUUCCCGAUGAUUUGCUCACAUUUCCUUAAUUCAUACCAUGACCUUGCCCCUGAAGAGCGAACUCGAAUUGGAGAAAGAAGCAUUUCUAUGGUUAAUCUAUUCCUCGAUGAAAUGUCAAAAGAGGCCAAAAAUAUAAUCACCACAAUUUGCGAUCAUCAAUGUAUGCUCAAUGAUCAACUGUUACCUAAACAUGUAGCACCUCAAAUAGUCUCAGUGGUGAAAUUAAAGAAACGAGACAAGAAGAAUAAAAUCGAAAGAGAAAUCGACAAACCGGGAAUUGAAAGUUAUCGUCGAACCAGAGAAGAGUUGACUACAAUGGAUAAACUUCAUAUGGCUUUAACUGAACUUUGUUUUGCAAUCAAUUAUUGUCCAUCUAUACACGUUUGGGAUCACACUUUUGCUCCUCGUGAAUAUCUUCAUGGUCAUUUAGAGUCUCGAUUUAACAAAGCUCUUGUUGGAAUGGUCAUGUUCAAUCCCGAAACAAAUGAAAUCGCCAAACCAUCUGAACUACUCAGCAGUGUUCGAGCUUACAUGAAUGUCCUCCAAUCCAUUGAAAAUUAUGUUCAAAUUGAGAUAACCAAUAUUUUCAACUCUGUUCUGCUUUUACAAACACAACCACAGGACAGUCAUGGUGACAAAACAAUUACCGCUCUCUAUUCAAAUUGGUACCUUGAGGUACUCUUAAGGCGAGUCAGUGCUGGUCAAAUAUGUUACUCUCCAUUACAAAAAGCCUUUGUUACCUUACCGGUUGAAGGUCAAGUACCUUUUUGUGCUGAAGAAUAUUCCGAUGUUAAUGAGCUACGAGCAUUAGCUGAACUCAUUGGACCCUAUGGAAUGAAAUAUUGUAACGAAAAUCUGAUGUGGCAUAUUGCAAGUCAAGUGACUGAAUUAAAGAAAUUGGUUAUUAUGAAUAAAGAAACACUUCUUGGUUUAAGAUCUAAUUAUGAUAAACCUGAACAAAUGAGAGAGUUAUUUAAAAAACUACAAAAUGUAGAUAGUGUCUUACAACGAAUGACAAUCAUUGGUGUUAUCCUUUGCUUCCGGGAAUUGGCACAAGAAGCUUUGAGCGAUGUUUUAUUUGAUCGAAUACCUUUUCUGAUGAGUUCAAUUCUUGACUUUAAGCAUCAUGUUCCAAAUGGUGAAUCAAUGAUUGAAAGUGCUAAGCUCCAGAGUAUCAGUGAAAUGUGUUCGGCGGCUGGGUUACCAAACAAGGUUGAUCCAGCUUUAGUUACUGCUUUAUUGUCUCAAAAAAGUGAAUUGGGUGAAGAUGAAUAUCAAAUUGCUUGUCUCCUUAUGGUUUUUAUUGCUGUUUCUUUACCUAAACUUGCUCGCGGUGAACAAUCAUAUUAUAAACCAUCAUUGGAAGCUCAUGGUAAUAAUAUUCAUUGUUUAGCUCAAGCAAUUAACGGAAUUGCAGGAGCACUUUUUACAAUUUGUAACCACGGAGAUACUGUUGACCGAUUAAAGGAGUUCUUAGCAUUGGCCUCAUCGAGUCUCCUUCGUUUGGGUCUUGAACCAGACAAAGAAGCAACUCGAAAUCGAGAAUCUAUUUACAUCUUAUUAGAUUUAAUUGUCAAAGAAUCACCUUUUCUAACCAUGGAUUUACUCGAGUCUUGUUUCCCUUAUGCGCUACUACGAAAUGCUUAUCAUGCAGUUUACAAGAAUCAAGGGAUAACCAAUCCAUCAACCUAAAAAUUUAUCUCUCUCGCUCUCUGUUAAUCUCACACACACACACACACACACACACACACACACACACACACAAAA